CACUCGAUGGUAUUAGAGUCGCUCUGCUCCUUCCGCGACCCGAGACAAGAGUCCCCGUGGGGGUGGGGAGGAACACGGACCUCAUGCGGCUGCCCGGCCGGCUCCGGCCCGGGAUGCGCUGGGGCACGUGGGGGCGUGUUUAGAGCUGGGUGGUGGUGAGGCUGGGGGCGGUUUUGCGGCAGUUACCACCCGACCCGCCCAAGGGUCCAGGACUGCAGGUGAGCAGGACGAUGGCAUCCAUUUCUGAGCGCACUUUCAUUGCCAUCAAGCCUGAUGGAGUCCAGCGGGGACUAGUGGGAGAAAUCAUCAAGAGAUUUGAACAGAAGGGUUUCAAAUUAGUGGCCAUGAAAUUUAUGCAUGCCUCUGAAGACCUUCUGAAAGAACACUACAUUGAGUUGAAAGAUCGGCCAUUCUAUGCUGGUUUGAUUAAAUAUAUGCACUCUGGACCUGUUGUAGCUAUGGUGUGGGAAGGUCUUAAUGUGGUUAAAACUGGCAGAGUAAUGCUGGGGGAAACUAAUCCAACAGAUUCCAAACCUGGCACCAUCCGUGGUGACUUCUGUGUUCAAGUUGGCAGGAACAUCAUUCAUGGCAGCGAUUCUGUAGAAAGUGCUGAGACAGAGAUCAACCUGUGGUUCACUCCUGAGGAACUGGUUGAAUACACAAGCUGUGCUCAUCAGUGGAUCUAAGGACUAGUCUACACUGGCAACAUUAAAGCACUGUUGCUUGUGUUGUAGUGGGAGAGUGCUGAGAGAGAGCUCUCCCAGCGCUCUAAAAAACCCACCUCCACGAGGGGCGUAGCUUCCAGCACUGAUGCACUGUCUACACUAAUGCUUUAUGGCACUGUAACUUGUUGCACUCGGGGGUGUGUUUUUUCACACCCCCGAGAAAGUUGCAGCGUUGUAAAGUGCCAAUGUAGACAAGCCCUAAGAGUAAAACCUGGGUCCUAUUGCCAUUAUUCUUUAGUUAUUUCAAGGCACUUCUGUAUAAACUAGUGGAAAUCUCUCCCUCUAAUCUGUAUUGUGAAUAUUAUAUGUAACCAGUGUUAAUAACUGCUGCUCUAAUUAAAAAGCUAUUGAAUUAUUAA